UAUUCUGGGCGGAUCAUCUUUUCUGCGGGGAUCAAGGAUCUUGUUUUUAACAUUUACCGCCCGUCAUUGUUAUCAAAAAUGGAAACAUGAAGAACUGAGAGGUGUAAUUAAGUCGCAGCACUUUUAUUAUACUGCACGUCGGCGGCUUCUGGGCAAGGAUGAGGGAACUUCAAGCCGUUGACAGCUUGCUGUUGAAAGAGCUGAAGUCAUGUUGUGCUAAAGAGUACAACUUUCUUCCCAGAGAGACUGGUCUGAAGCUGAUGGAGUCGGCUUCCACAGAGAAACACAGUGGAGUGUCGGCGAAAUGCAGGGACACCAGAGCUGAGGAGCUGUGGGGCCUGACCAGUUUCUUUGGCUACAGCACCCAAACGUUUGUUCAAGCUGUCAAUUUGCUUGACCGAUUCCUCGCCAUUAUGAAGGUGCAGCCCAAACACUUGCCCUGUAUUGGAGUCUGCUGUCUUCAUAUUGCAGCCAAAAUGGUUGAGGAAGAAAGCAAUGUCUCACCCACCCAUGAACUCAUUCGCAUCAGCCAAAGCAAGUUCACUGUGUCAGACCUCUGUCGCAUGGAGAAGAUCAUCUCAGAGAAGCUCAGUGUGGAGCCUGAAGCAGUGACAGCCUUAACCUUUCUACACCUCUACUACUCAGCCUUCACAUCCCUGUCCGUUGGAAGGGAGGAGAUCCCAAGCAUUGGGAGACUGGAAGCCCAGCUAAAAGCCUGCUUAUGCCGGCUUGUUUUCUCUAAAGCCAAACCAUCAGUGCUGGCACUGUCACUCAUUGCUCAAGAGUUUGAAGCUCUCCAGUCCAUCACCUUGUUGAAGAUUGUCCAGCAAUUCCAAAGAUAUCUAAAGAUCGGUGACAGCGAGCUGCUUCACUGGAAGGAACUUGUGGCCAAGUGCAUGACAGAGUACCGCUCGAGCGAAUGUAGCAAACCAGACAACAAAAAGCUGGUUUGGAUUGUGUCCAGGAGAACGGCACAGAAUCUCCAGGCCAAUCACUUCAGUGUCCCGGGUCUGCCAACUAUUCCUGAGGGGACCUGGAAUGAGAGUGAGAGUGAGGACUCCUGUGAGGACAUGAGCUGCGGAGAAGACAGUCUAUGCGGCUCGCCGGGAAGUGACGGCGAAGGAGCCUUCUUCCCUUCCAGCUUUCUCAAAUGCAGAAAGUGAUGAGUCCUCAUUGUGCAGUAGUGCCGGAUGUGUGUUUGUCCCCUGAAUUGUAGCUGCUUUAAAGUGGUCACCAUGUUUCAGAGUAAACCUGUGUUUCACUUGUUACAUAUAUAUCUAAUACGUGUGCCAAGUGACAGGUUGCGAUCAUUAAGUGCCUGUGUUGAUUCAGUUUGUUGUUGGUUUCUUUAAUGUUUAAAAAAAAAACAACAAAAAAAAACAUAUCGUAAUAAUGCAAAAUGGAAAAUUGCAAUAUAUCUUGGCAGCUUGAUGGUAAUACAUCUGAAUGUCUUUUUCCAACAUGUUCUCUCUGCGGUUGUUUGUGUCCAAGCUCGACACAUUCCAGGAAAAAUAGUGAAGCACAAAGAAGAACUUACUGGAUGUCAGUCAUGAGGUUAACUCACUGUUGAAUACCAGCUAACACUAGCACAUCCUCAAUCUUUUUCUACAACAGUUUUUUAUACUCAGUGCUUUACAUAUAUACAGUACUCUGCAAAUGUAUGUUUACUUACGUACAUACACAAUUAUAAUGUGAUAUAUAUGACAUUGUAGUGUUACAAUAUCAGACUGUAGAUGCAUGGACACAUUGAAAUGUGUGAUUAUGAAUGGAUGUUCAUGUUUACCAAGAUAAGCUUACUGUAAAAAAAAAUGUUUAAAAAAAAUGUACAUAACAUGUAAAAAAGAAGAAAAAAUUUUAUGUUUUGUGAACGCGACAUAAUGUGUGUUGUAUUUGAUAUAACGUGGAAUAUGUUGGAAGGGUCAGAAAACUCCUUCCAAAUAAAAAAAAAAAGUAGUUUUUAUCUA